GCGGGUCUACCGCUUCAGCGCCUACCCGACGGAUGCCGAGCUGCUCGACAUGGUGCGUGCCGCGAGGCGCGACGCACGGGCGGCUGGCCUCCGCGUGUCAGAGCCCCCGUGUUUCGUGCCGAACGGCGACGUCCUCGGCGGCGCCUCUACCGUCAGCUUCGAUGAGGUGCCAGGCUUCUACCGGCGCUUGGGCCGCAAAGGCCUGGACGAGGACGCCAGGGACGGGGAGCUGUUGGACGCUGGGGGGACCGCCAAGUCCGCGCCAAACCCUGCAGGCGCCCGCGUGCUCGUGAGUGCGGAGGCGUCGGCCUCUGGUCUGGCUCGGGUCUGCCGCAAGUCGGUGCAGAACGAGAUCCAGCGGGGCGACGAGGUCUCGCUGGCUCGAGGCGACGUCAUCUGGGGCGAGAGCGGCCUACGCAGCAUUCCGAAUGGCUUCAUUGCACCGAUGGGGUUG